AUGAGUUGUUGGAAAUUUAUAAAAUCAAACACGAAGCGAGUAGUUGCGUCAACAGAUUUCAAUAACAUCAGCCAAAAGACGCUGGCGAAUUUACUGAGACGUAACGACCUGAAUAUCGUUGAAGUCGAAUUAUUUCGAGCUGUGUUAAAGUGGAGCGACUUUCAGUGUUCGAAGAAAGAUAUUGAGGCAACAAGAGAGAGCAGAAGGUCUGUAAUUGGUGAUGCUAUUUAUGACUUGAGAUUUCUCGCUAUGACUCAAAAAGAGUUUGCUCAAAAUGUUGCAACAUCCGGACUACUCACGGCUGAAGAAAUAGUUCCCAUUUAUAAUAAAUUCAGUGGAAUUUCUUCACGUGAUCUAAAGUGGAAACUAUCAAAGAAACGUUAUAACAUCAGUAUCCCCGAUAAUGUUCCCGAAGUCGGAGAAGCAGUCAACCCUCCUGCAGAGGAAUACCAUUUUUAUCGUAAGCCGGAAAUAGUGCGGGAUAAAGACAACUCUCCUGCAACAGAAGCUCAUCUUUAUCGUAAGCCGGAAAUAGUGCAGGAUAAAGACAACAUUCCUGCAGAGGAAUACCAUUUUUAUCGUAAGCCGGAAAUAGUGCGGGAUAAAGACAACUCUCCUGCAACAGAAGCUCAUCUUUAUCGUAAGCCGGAAAUAGUGCAGGAUAAAGACAACAUUCCUGCAGAGGAAUACCAUUUUUAUCGUAAGCCGGAAAUAGUGCGGGAUAAAGACAACUCUCCUGCAACAGAAGCUCAUCUUUAUCGUAAGCCGGAAAUAGUGCAGGAUAAAGACAACAUUCCUGCAGAGGAAUACCAUUUUUAUCGUAAGCCGGAAAUAGUGCGGGAUAAAGACAACUCUCCUGCAACAGAAGCUCAUCUUUAUCGUAAGCCGGAAAUAGUGCAGGAUAAAGACAACAUUCCUGCAGAGGAAUACCAUUUUUAUCGUAAGCCGGAAAUAGUGCGGGAUAAAGACAACUCUCCUGCAACAGAAGCUCAUCUUUAUCGUAAGCCGGAAAUAGUGCAGGAUAAAGACAACAUUCCUGCAGAGGAAUACCAUUUUUAUCGUAAGCCGGAAAUAGUGCGGGAUAAAGACAACUCUCCUGCAACAGAAGCUCAUCUUUAUCGUAAGCCGGAAAUAGUGCAGGAUAAAGACAACAUUCCUGCAGAGGAAUACCAUUUUUAUCGUAAGCCGGAAAUAGUGCGGGAUAAAGACAACUCUCCUGCAACAGAAGCUCAUCUUUAUCGUAAGCCGGAAAUAGUGCAGGAUAAAGACAACAUUCCUGCAGAGGAAUACCAUUUUUAUCGUAAGCCGGAAAUAGUGCGGGAUAAAGACAACUCUCCUGCAACAGAAGCUCAUCUUUAUCGUAAGCCGGAAAUAGUGCAGGAUAAAGACAACAUUCCUGCAGAGGAAUACCAUUUUUAUCGUAAGCCGGAAAUAGUGCGGGAUAAAGACAACUCUCCUGCAACAGAAGCUCAUCUUUAUCGUAAGCCGGAAAUAGUGCAGGAUAAAGACAACAUUCCUGCAGAGGAAUACCAUUUUUAUCGUAAGCCGGAAAUAGUGCGGGAUAAAGACAACUCUCCUGCAACAGAAGUUCAUCUUUAUCGUAAGCCGGUAUUAGAAAGCGGGAAAAAAAAGAAAUGGAAAAGUAAAGGUUGUGCUAAAAAGAGUCCUUAA